CCUUCUUCACCAAAUAAUUAAUUCAUAUCAUCAAACAAUGUCUUCGAACUCUUUCCACCACCUUCUCUUUUGCUCUCUUCUCCUACUAAUUAUCUCUCCCUCCAUAUCCCAAACUAUAUCGUUCCGACCCAAAGCUCUUGUUCUCCAAGUCACCAAAGACUCAGCCACUCACCAAUACUACACCCACAUCACCCAAAGAACUCCACCAGUUCAGGUCAAAGUAGCCAUUGAUCUCGGCGGUGAAUUCCUUUGGGUGGAUUGUGAAAAAGGCUUUAACUCGUCCACCAAAAAGCCCGUCCCAUGCCGAUCAGCUCAAUGCAACCUUGCCAAGUCCAAGGCUUGCUCUACAAACGGUAACCCAUCAGAAGAUGUAUGCGGUGAGUUUCCUCAUAACCCUUUUAUUAGCACUAGCACCAGUGGCGAUCUCUCUCAAGACAUCAUCUAUAUCCAAUCUACCAACGGAUCCCGCCCUGGAAAAGUAGUUUCCGUACCCAAGUUUAUCUUCACUUGUGCUCCUACAUUCCUCUUAAAAGGCCUCACGAGUGGCGCCGUCGGUGUUGCCGGCCUUGGAAGGAACAAGAUCGCUCUUCCUUCUUUGUUCUCCGCUGCUUUCAGUUUUCCAAAGAAGAUGGCCGUUUGCUUGUCGUCCACAAACGGAGUCGUUUUCUUUGGCAACGGACCAUAUGAGUUGUCUUCUGGAAUUGACGUUUCCAAGUCUUUAACAUAUACUCCACUCAUCCUCAACCCUGUAAAUCUCAUUGGUGGUUUCCAAGGCGAGUCAUCAUCCGAGUACUUCAUCGGAGUGAAAUCGAUCAAGGUUGACGGAAAGCCAGUGUCGGUGAAUAGCUCAUUGCUAUCCUUUGACGUAGAUGGCAAUGGCGGAACAAAGAUCAGCACCGUUGACCCAUACACAACAUUGGAAACUUCCAUAUACAAUACUGUAGUAAAUGCCUUUGUUAAUGCGCUUGCUGUCCGUAACGUGCACAAAGUUGCAGCAGUGGCGCCCUUCAGCGCAUGUUUUAACGCCAAGGAUAUCGGCCUCAGCCGAGCUGGGCCCAUUGUACCUCCGAUUGAGUUUGUGUUGCAGAGUGAGAAAGUUGUGUGGAGAGUUACUGGUGCCAACUCGAUGGUUAGGGUCAGCAAUGAGGUGUUGUGCCUUGGAUUCGUUGACGGUGGUCCACUUCACUUCGUUGACUGGGGUAUUAAGUUUACCCCAACUGCUAUUGUGAUCGGAGGGCGUCAAAUUGAGGACAAUCUUCUUCAGUUUGAUUUGGCUACCUCCAGACUUGGUUUCAGCUCCUCCCUUCUGUCUAGACAGUUAUCUUGCUCCAACUUUAAAUUCAACAGAUCCACCGUUGAUUAGAAGAGACUGGCCACAUAUACUAUAGUUUGUUUUUUUGUGAUAAAAUAACUUGUCCAUUUACUGUAACUCUAACUGAUGGCUGAUCACCUCUUCAGACUGAUACUUUUGUAUCUCUGUAUCAUUAAAUGGUUAUAGUUUCUUUAUAAUUGUUAUAAUAAAAUUGUUCGAGUGAGAUUUGUAUUUUA